ACAGAACUCUUGGAGGCCUCCAGAUCGCUGCUGAAGCCUUCAGCUACUGUCUCAGGUUUCUGAAGUUUAACAAUGGAGUCUUUCUCUGAUGAGACCAAUUCAACUGACGUACACUCGCAGCCCUGGAAUGAACCCAAAAUAAUUCUGUCCAUGGUCAUUCUCAGCCUCACUUUCUUAUUGGGAUUGCCAGGCAAUGGGAUGGUGCUGUGGGUGGCUGGCCUAAAGAUGAAGUGGACAGUGAACACAGUUUGGUUUCUCCAUCUCACGCUGGCAGACUUCCUGUGCUGCCUCUCCUUACCCUUCUCCCUGGUUCACUUGGUACUCCAAGGACACUGGCCUUAUGGUUGGCUCCUAUGCAAGCUCAUUCCCUCUAUCAUCAUCCUCAACAUGUUUGCCAGCGUCUUCCUGCUGACCGCCAUUAGCCUGGACCGCUGUCUUUUGGUACUCAAGCCAAUCUGGUGCCAGAAUCACCGCAAUGUGAGGGCAGCCUUCACUAUCUGUGGAUGUAUCUGGGUGGCAGCUUUUGUAAUGUGUAUACCUGUGUUCAUAUACCGAGAAAUGUUUACUAUAAACAACCAAAAUAUGUGUGGUUACAAUUUUGAUGCCGAUAACUCAUUGAAUGAUUUAGACAUCACCUUUGAUCAACUCGAAAAUGAGUUUCUUGACAACCCCAAUGUUUGGUUGCCUGGAAAAAUGGAUGAUAGAUUAGAUGCUUUCCCUUUACAAACAAAUGAUCCUCGGACAGCUACCACUCUCCUCCAUUCUCAGACAUUUCAAAGACCUCCUGGAGAUUCACUCCCUGUGGAUUCAGCUAGAUUAUCUAAUCAGCAUUCAUAUUAUAAUGUAAUUAAACCAGAUGUUGAGGCCUCUACAAUCUCCUCUGGCCUUCCCAUUGAAGAUCACAGAAUUAAUCCACUGAAUAACUCUGAUGCUUUCCUCUCUGCGGAUUUAGAGCUGUUCUCUACUGGUUCCUCUGGCAAUGCCUUAUACUCAACUGAGCCACCAAAAGAUGACCAGUUUGAUACUGAAGACUUCUUUGAAUAUGACAAUCAACCUCCAACACCCCUGGUGGUAAUAACCAUGACUAGGCUAGUGAUGGGUUUCCUGCUGCCCUUUAUUGCCAUGGUGACCUGUUACAGCCUCAUUAUCUUCCGAAUGCGACGGGGUCGCUUCACCAAGACAAGAAGCAAAACCUUCCAAGUGGCCGUGGUGGUGGUGGUUGUCUUCCUUGUCUGCUGGGCCCCAUACCACAUUAUUGGAGUCCUCUCUUUGUUCAUUGACUCAGAGACUCCCUUUGGGGAAGCUCUGCUAUCCUGGGACCAUGUGUCCAUUGCUCUAGCAUCUGCCAAUAGUUGCUUCAAUCCCUUCCUCUAUGCCUUGAUGGGGAAAGAUUUCAGAAAGAAAGCAAGGCAGUCCGUGCAGGGCAUUCUGGAGGCAGCUUUCAGUGAGGAUCACACACAUUCUACCAGUUGUACCCAAAGCAAAGUCUUUUUGGAAGGAAACAGUAGCAGUAGAGCUGUGUGACAACAUGGAGCAUUUGACCCAAGCACAUGAUCCAAGCAGAGCUUCUUAGGUAUUCACCACGUGUGACAUGUUUCUAAGAGGAUGAGGGACAUGGUGAGCAGGGAUUUUAGAAAACAGCAAAGACUCAAAUUAGAGGUCUUCAAAAUGUGGUCCCAGACUAGUGACAUCAGCAUCACAUGGAAACUUUUCAGUCCAACACCUGACUUGUAAACAAGCUCUUGUUUCUGAUUAAUGCUAUAUUUGAGGGACAAUGCACAAAUUAGUCUAUUUCUAUCCCAAACUAAACCGCCUGAGAUAAAUGAGAAUCUAGUCUGUUGUAAAAUGAUCUUUCUUUCCAUCUUUAAGUUUUCUAUUUAGUAUAUCUAAAUUCCCUUCCGUAUUCAUUUUUAAAACCAAUUCUUCUAGCUCUGAGUGAAAGAUGAUCAUUUAUUCUAUGGCUUUAUUGUUGUACUGGUGUGGUGGUGGAGAUGGUUUUAAAUAAAGAGGUCAGGUAGGGGGUAGCAAAGGGUAAAGGGGGCCAAAUAUGGUGA